AUGACGAAAAAUCUCAAAGUCCUCGUAUCUUCAAACGAUUUCGCCGACAGCGGGAUUAAAAUAUUAGAGGAGCAUUUCACGGUCCUCAAGUCCCGGUACUUCGGCUUUGGCGAGGAAGGACUCAAUGAGAACAUGCAAGAGCUGAUGAACUUAAUUCCAGGGUGUUCAGCACUUGUAUGGGUCUCCCACCAUCAGAUCACUAAGGAAUUAUUAGAUAAAGCUGGUCCGCAAUUGACAUUAGUAAGCACCGCUUCAGCUGGCUACAAUAACUGCAACGUUCCGGAACUGAAGGCUCGUGGUAUCAAACUCUCAAAUACACCGAAUGUGCUGAGCGCUGCUGUAGCUGAAAUAGCCGUUUCGUUGAUGAUAGCAGCUGCUAGACGAUUCCCUGAAAACUUGGAUCAAGUGAAAAGAGGCGUCUGGGAUGGAAUCGGCUUCCAAAAUGUUCUUGGGCAAGAUUUGCGCGGGAGCACCGUUGGUAUCGUCGGUUUCGGCGGAAUUGGACAGGCCACAGCGAAGCGAUUAGUUGGCUUUGAAGUUGCGAAAUUCUUAUACAGCGGUCAUAGGGAAAAGCCAGAAGCCAAAGAAUUCAACGCGGAAUUCGUACCCCAAGACACCUUGCUGAAUCAGAGUGACUUCAUCCUGUUAGCUGCACCCUUGACUGACGAGACGAAGCAUAUGAUCAACAAGACCACUCUCGCGCAGAUGAAGAAUAACGCCAUCAUUGUCAACGUUGGAAGAGGAGACCUCGUCAAUCAAGACGACUUAUAUGAAGCACUGAAAAACAAACAGAUCUACGCAGCUGGACUAGAUGUCUCCACACCCGAACCUCUACCUAAGGACCAUAAGCUGUUGACUUUGCCGAACUUGUUCCUUCUCCCACACAUCGGAAGUGCAACAGUACGCACACGAAACGACAUGGCGGAAUUAGCAGCAAGAAACGUUGUCAAUGCCUUAUAUGGAAAACCUUUAAUCACGCCUGUCUUUCCUUGA